CAAAAUUUUAUCUAAUCCUCUCCUUUUUAGAAAAAAAAAAAAAGAUUUCCAAGAUUGGAAGAGACAUUUUUCAAAGUGUCUGAAACCUUUUCAGACCACUCCCUUUUACUUCCAGAAAAAUUUUGCUUUGUUGAUUUUCCGGCAGUUCCUUCUCUGCUUUCCAGGGAAAGAUAAAGAGCUCAAAAUCUACAAUGUGAGGCUCUUUAGUCUACUGGUCAUAUAUAUUUUUGUUUGAUUCAAUCAUAAGGUGUGGAUCUUUGUUUUGUCACAUGGCAAAUUUCUUAAAGGGAAGCAUUUGCUGUUUCAAGAAAGUGUCUGCAGGCAAUAUUCUUCCAACUAAUCUGGUUUGGAUGUCUUUUAUGAGAAGCUGGAACCAGCUUUCUGGCUUUUCAUCUGCUUCCGCAAGUAGUAACAGAUAUGGAUAGAGGAGACAGAAUAAUAGCCUGUUGUUCUAAUUUGCUGCUUUCUGUCUCUAUCGGGUUCUUGCUAUUUUCAGUUGUCAGUUCACAAAUUCCUUUGGGUUCCAAACUAACAGUAGAAGAGUACAAUUAUUGGUUCUCAUCCAAUAAGGAUUACGCAAUUGGAUUCUUGAACUUCUCCGAUCAGUAUAUCUUUGGUGUCCGUUUCAAUGCAAUUUAUAUACCUAGCAGUGAGCAAACAGCCAUUUGGACUGCAGGGUGGAAUGUUAAAGUUAGUAGCAAAGCAUAUUUUGAGCUUUCCCUAACUGGGGAAAUGAUAUUGUUUGAUCCAGCAAAGGGAAAAAUUGUUUGGCAAAGCAAAACUGGCAACACAUCUGUUGAAUCAGCUGUUCUUCUUGAUGAUGGCAACUUUGUCCUGUUAAAUAGGAAUAAGAGUGCUGUUUGGCAGAGUUUUGAAAGUCCAUCUGACACAAUACUGUCUGGCCAGAGUUUAUCUGUAGGCCAGUCUCUUCGAGCUUCUAGCAGGAGUUCUUUAACAAGUUAUUACAGUCUUCAUAUGAAUGUUUCUGGUGAGAUGCAGCUUAGGUGGGAGACUAGUAUCAUUUACUGGACUGUUGGGGGUCCUCAAUCUGCUGUCCGAGCGAUGCUUGGUUCUGCCGGAAUCCUCCAACUACUUGAUCAGCAAUAUAAAGCUGUUUGGUCUGUCUAUGGUGAGGACCACAAUGAUUCUGAUGUGAAGUUUCGGUUCCUUAGACUGGAUUCUGAUGGUAAUCUUCGGAUAUACUCAUGGGAAAAUAAUGCAACGUCUUGGAGAACAGUUUGGCAAGCUAUAAUUAAUCAGUGUGAUGUCUUCGCAACCUGUGCUACCAAUGGUAUUUGCACCUUGAAUGCAUCUGACUCUUAUGUUUGUUGGUGUCCAUUUAGAUCUACAAGAGACUCAAACUCUGAAUGUCUAAUUCCAUACAAACCAAGUUGUAAAUCUGGUUCAUCCAUGAUCCUUCAUGAGCAUAUGUACUUGUACGGGAUAUACCCACCAAACAACACAGUUGUGCAAACUAAUUUGCAGCAGUGUAGAAGUAUGUGUCAGAAAGAUCCAUCCUGCCAUGCCGCAUCCUUUAUCAACAAUGGCACUCCACAAUGCCACAUGAUGAAAUCCCGGUAUGUUGGUGGUCAAUCAAAUCCUUCUUUGGGUUCCGUUACUUUUAUCAAAACUUGUUCAGACCCAAUUGCUGUUUUACCUCCACCUGUACCUGCUCUGAGAAAGGUAUCACAGAAAAUCUGUGUUGCUUGUCUGUUAGAAGUUGCUGCUGCGUCAAUCGUUGUGUUUUUCAUGCUUCAAUUCAGCAUUGGAGUUUACCUUUUCAGGAGAAGGAAACAUAUGAUGCAGAAAUCUGCUUUACCCCAUAUAGUGCCUAAUGCUACUGGCUGCAUCGUGUUUUCUUACUCUGAAAUCAAAGACCUGACUGAUAAUUUUAAGCAACAAAUUGGGCAGAAUGUGUUUAAAGGUAUGCUUCCAGAUAAUAGGCUUGUUGCAGUUAAAGAUCUCAAUGCCUCUAUUGAUGAAAGAAGGUUCCGGGCUGCAGUUCUAAAAAUAGGAAGCAUAUACCACAAAAAUCUUUUGAGGCUGGAUGGUUAUUGCUAUCAGUCCGGCCGUAGGUUAUUGGUUUAUGAGCUUGCCAAAUAUGGUUCUGUUGACAAAUGUUUAGAAGAACCUAGAAUGUGCAAGAGAUUGACGUGGAGAAAAAGAAUGGAUAUAUGUUUGUCAGUGGCAAGGGCCAUAUCUUACUUGCAUACAGGAUGUAGGGAGUUUAUUAGUCAUGGAAAUCUUAAAUGUGAAAAUGUUGUCUUAGAUGAUGAAUUAGAGGCCAAAGUUAGUGAAUUUGGGCUGAGGACUAUUCAAGCUGAGGCGUCCAGUAGCGGGGGACUAGCAGAAACAGAUGUAAGAGAUUUUGGCAAAAUGAUGGUGGUAUUAAUCACUGGAUGCCAAAAUGCGGAUGAAGCUUGUUAUUUGUCCUAUGAUAAAUGGGUGAAAGCUGAAAAGGAAAUGGCCAUGGAUCAGCGAAUUGCGGUUGGCGCCGAUUCGGAAGAGUUAGAACGAGCAUUAAGAAUUGCAUUUUGGUGCUUACAAGAUGAUGAACGUAUGAGGCCAUCAAUGGGAGAGGUAAUCAAGGUACUGGAGGGAACUCUGACUGUCGAUCCUCCACCACCUCCUUUUGCUCAUAAUCAACAGUGGCCACCUGAUGACGAAUCACCAUCUGAAUCAUAUUCAGCACUGUAGAAGUUCUAAUUCGUAUUUUUUUAUUCCCAUUAAGUCAUCUGUUGCUGUACAGAACUUACCAGGCACCUACGACUUGGCAUGAUGUAGAAUGCCUAGUUUUUCCAUUAUGGCAUGCUUGAGCUGAAAUUCAAGACGAGCAUCCCACUCCGCCUCUUCUGAACUGUAACCUUGGUAUGUAACCUCCAAGUGCAGUUUUGUGUUAGAAAAUCCUGAUUCAGAAAUCCAGGUUUCUUUUUAAAGUUUUUGAUUCUGUUCACGUUAAUUAUCGAUGCUUAUCACAUGUGUUAACAUUUGAUAUUUUCUUGGAGGUGACUAAACUUCCUUAACUCUGCCCAAAAUGUCUCCUGUCUCCUUGGCUUGUGCUAUUAGUUGGCACUGGCUCUUUUACUAGGCAGUGGUUCAAGAGAUCGCGGAUGAGGUUUGAACCUGAAAGGACAUCUCUAUUCUUAGGAUUACUCUGACCCAUUAAGUUGAUCCUAACUUAAAAUGGAAAUGGAAGUUUGUGUCUCUAUUUCUUUACAGAGGUGGUGUCCAUGCUAUGUGUACCUCGACCAUUUCACCAGGUACUUCUUAUCUCCACCAACCUAGGUAUCAGGUAACUCUAUCUCCUAAGCUUAGACAAAUGGAAAAAAAUCACCUAGCAUUUUGAAUUUCGUUGGUAGGUCACACUUGUGUUUUAUAUAUUUUCUGAUGUGGUUUUGGCUGGCUACACCUUUCUAGCCUGGUAAAUAGGGUCAUUCUUGGUGAACAUCCAUGGUCAGUAUUUCAGCAAUGAACACAAUUUCAUUAUUUUUAUUAGUGAAAGAGUUGUCAAUAGUAAUUAAUAAUUUAUGUAUUGGUCCUUGACAUUAAUCUGUAAGGACCAAUUAAUCUGUCUGGUCAAUCAUGUAGUAAUUUUUAAUAUAUGGUCAAAUGGAAUCCCUUGAAUCAUG